AUGUUGGGCCCGCACACUUCAUUGAGCAUCGCCCAGAUCGUCUUCUUCGUUCCUAUUGUCUUUCUAGCGAUAUGGCUUGUGGUCCGCAAUUGGUCAAAGCAUCCACGCAUGGCCUGGUGGCCCAUGGUGCCUUUUAGCUUGAUGCGACUUGCAGGAGGGCCUAUCGUCAUCGCUCUCGGGAAGGACCCUUCAAACAUUGGACUUAUCGUGGCGGCUAUCGUUCUCCUCAACGUUGGAACCAUCCCUCUAAUCGUUGCUAUGUCCGGAUUCUUCAGGAUUAUCUUGAUGGACAACUACCCUCCAUCCAAACGCACCGUAGCCGCCCACAAGGUGCUCCGAAUUGCAAUCAUCAUCGCUACUGGCCUUCUUACCGGCGGCGGAAGUAUCAUCAGCCAAGAGUCACAGUCUACCCGUGACACCGGGCGUAUCUUGCAGCAUGUAGGAUACGCAAUUUUCGCAGCCCUGAUUGUCUUCUUCUUUGGCGCUCAUGUCCGCUUCUACCGCAUGAGGCACUCUUUUAUCCCCACCAGCCGCAAGGUCAACUUGGCCGCCCUUGCUGCCCUCCCAUUCUUGGCUCUCCGCUGCGCAUACGGAAUCCUGCAGGUGACCUUUGAGUUCAACGCGGCCACCGUUUGGAAUCCCGUCUACGGCUCCGCCGUCGCCUUUGCCUUUAUGGGCCUGGUUGCCGAGUAUAUUGUGGUUCUCAUCGUCCUCUACACCGGAUUCUCGAUGCCCCCAGACCGAGGUACUUCGGACCAAGGCGCAUCAGUCCUUAAUAAGGCUGAUAGCCCCGGCCAAUCUGUUUAA